CUAGCCCCAUAAAGGGUAAAGAGCACGUCCAUGGGUCCAUAGGCUCAUGAAAUAGCAUAAAAUUGCCAUUGAAAAAAAAAAUAAAAAAUUGAAGAGGUGCAAUUUCCUCACCACCCCGUAAAGAGUAAAGAGCACGUCCAUGGGCACAGGCUCAUGGAAUAGCAUAAAAUUGCCAUUGAAAAAAGAAAAAGAAAGAAAGAAAUUGAAGAGGUGCAAUUUGCCUCACGCCCCCGUAGACAAAGAGACGUAUUCCAGGUGCUUUGGUCCCUCAACGCCGCGAUCAGAGCCUCCUCCGUCCCCCCAAACCCCCCCCCCCCCCCCUCCCCGGCGCUGAGAUCUGCUUCCCAUUAGCCUGACACCCCGGAGAGCAGAGCUGGGGAACUGCACGGUUGAGUUUGAUUUCGGAAUUCUUGACAUGGGUUCUCUCUACCUUCUGAUUCUGCUCCGUUGGGGGUUGGUUCAAGGACUGAGCUUUUCUCUCUCUGGAUUCUGCUUUCAGGGAUGAAGAGAAUAAGAGAAGACGCGUCCCCUGGCCCCCAAUUCAAACGUCCCUUUGGUUCUUCAGGGUAUGAAUCUACGAAGGAGGCUGCUGAAAAAGACGACGAUUCAGAAGCAUCAGUCUCUGACUACGAAGUCUUCCUAAGUUUCAGAGGACCAGAUUCUCGGCAGGGCCUCGCCGAUGUCCUCUACAGCGACAUGAAAACGGCCGGGAUCCGUGUUUUUAGAGACGAUGAUGAGCUUGACAUCGGUGAUGAGAUCGGUAAGAUUUUACCGGCUAUCGGGAGCUCCAAGAUAUGCGUACCAAUCUUCUCCAGUACCUUUGCUGAGAGUGCGUGGUGCCUCCGAGAAGUUGAAAGAAUGGUCGAGUUCAAGAAAGAGAUCAUGCCGAUUUUCUACACGGCCACACCAGAAGAUGUUAAGCUAGGCACAGAAUUAUUCAAGAAGGAACUACGGGAGCACGAGAAGAAGCAUGGAAAAGAGCAAGUGAAGAAGUGGGAGGAGGCUCUCAAAGUGGUCGCCAGAAUCAAAGGGCGGGAAGUGAAGACUACAGGAUUUGGGGAAUUCAGCACAUUGUUUGUCAAUACACUUCUGCGCAAGUUGAAGGUGAAAACAAAAUAUUUGGCUGAUAGCCUAGUUAAAAGAGAUGAUCAUGAAGAGGCUGUAAUGGAACUGUUGGACAUCGACUCAAGUGACGUACGAAUCAUUGGCAUCCAUGGAAUGGGCGGCAUUGGUAAGACGACUCUUGCCAAGGUCAUCUUCAACCAACUCUCAGCUAGAUUCGACUGUUGCAGCUUCCUUGAGAACAUCCAAGAAUCCUUAAGGCGUAAUGAUCUUGAAUACUUGCAAAAGCAGUUGGUGGAAGAUCUGGAUCCAAAGUUGAAAAACUUUCAAAAGAUCGACGCAAUCACAAUUCUCCGAGAAAAUAUUUGUAGGAGGAGGGCUCUCAUCGUCCUUGAUGAUGUUAAUCAAAGAAACCAAAUAGAGAUGAUAGUCGGGAUGUUGGGUUGGUUUGGCUCUGGAAGCAGGAUAAUCAUAACGACUAGGGACAAAAGUAUUUUCACCAGAGAAGCUUAUACUCAUGCUAUGGAGGAGAUGGAUCCUGACCAAGCUCUCCUACUUUUCAGUAGACGUGCCUUUAGAGACGACUCUCCUCCAAGUGACUUCCGAAUUCUUUCAGAGGAAGUUCUCUCUCUUACUGGAGGACUUCCUUUGGCCAUCGAUAUUAUAGGUUCCCUUCUUUUUCAAUGUGAGAAGAAGAGAUGGAAAGCGACAAUUGAGCGGCUAAAGAAUGUGCCCCCUCGAGAUGUUUUACGAAAGCUGAAGAUAAGUUUUGAUGCAUUGGAGUUUGACCAAAAACAGAUAUUUCUUGACAUAGCCUGCUUUUUCAUCAACAAGGAGAGAUCAAAUGCAAUUCUAAUGUGGGAAGCUUGUGACUUUUACCCUGAUGAUGGAAUUGAGGUCCUUGUUUCCAUGUCUUUGCUGAAAAUUACGAAGGACAAUGAAUUUCAAAUGCAUGGCCUUGUCAAAGAUCUUGGAAGGGAACUUGUUCGCGAGGAAUGCUUUGGUGAUCCUGUCAAGCGUAGCAGAAUAUGGUCAAGCAAAGAAGCAAAGGAGGUACUGAAGAUAAAGCAGGAAAAAGAAAAUAUUGAAGGGCUGUUUCCGGAGAAAUUAUAUGGCGACUGCAUUCUCAAACACGAGCAGUUUUCAGGUUUUCGAAAUCUAAGAUUACUGAAAUUGGUGGGUGCAAAGCUGACAGGUGACUUUGAGAAUCUCCUUCCAAAGUUAAAGUGGUUCACAUGGCAACGAUGUCCUUCCGAUUUCGCUGCGAUCAAUUUAACAUUGGAGAAUUUAGUGGUUCUUGACCUUUCCAACAGUUUUAUCACUGAAAACUGGGCUGGUUGGAACAUGAUUGAGAUAGCAAAGAAUUUGAAGGCCUUAGACCUCACUGGGUGCUGUAACUUGACAAGUACACCUGACUUGUCCAACAAUGACGCUUUAGAGAAAUUGAUUCUCAGAGGAUGCCGUAAUUUAGCUGAAAUACACGGCUCCAUCAAGAAGCUGACAAGACUGAAGCAUCUUGAUCUUCAAGGCUGUCCUUCUCUCAGAGGGUUGCCCGAAGAGAUAGGUUCGCUGGAAGAUUUGGAAGAGAUUUUGGUGGACGGGAAUCAUGGAGCUACUUUCCACUUACCGGAAUCAAUUGGUAAUUUACACUCUCUAUCUGUCAUGAAAUUACACCGGCUGGAAAUUACGAGAAUUCCCGACUCUAUUGGAGGAUUGGUGAAUCUCACGCACCUCUCUAUGAGGGAGUGUCGUGGCAUGAGGACACUUCCAGACAUAAUCGGAGAUUUGAAAUCACUAGUUAAGUUAGACAUGUCUGGUACAGAGUUGAGUGCAUUGCCUGACUCUCUUGGGGAUUUGGAAUCAUUAGUUGUCUUAGAGCUGUCCAACACAGAGUUAAGUGCGUUGCCUGACUCUGUUGGACGACUAAGUAAACUCCAGCGGUUGCAGUUAUAUUCAACGAAGAUGGAGGAGCUUCCUGACUCUCUUGGGGAUUUGGAAUCAUUAGUUAAUUUAGAACUGUCCAACACUGAGUUAAGUGCGUUGCCUGACUCUGUUGGACGACUAAGUAAACUCCAGCGGUUGCAGUUAUAUUCAACGAAGAUAGAGGAGCUUCCGGACUCUCUUGGUGAUUUGGAGUCAUUGGUUAGUUUACAGCUGUCCAGCACAAAUUUAAGUGCGUUGCCUGACUCUGUUGGACGACUAAGUAAACUCCAGUGGUUGGGGUUAAGUUCAACGAAGAUAGAGGAGCUUCCUGACUCUCUUGGGGAUUUGGAAUCAUUAGUUAAUUUAGAACUGUCCAACACUGAGUUAAGUGCGUUGCCUGACUCUGUUGGACGACUAAGUAAACUCCAGUGGUUGGGGUUAAGUUCAACGAAGAUAGAGGAGCUUCCGGACUCUCUUUGGGAUUUGGAAUCAUUGGUUAGUUUACAGCUGUCCAGCACAAAUUUAAGUGCGUUGCCUGACUCUGUUAAACGACUAAGUAAACUCCAGUGGUUGGGGUUAGAUUCAACGAAGAUAGAGGAGCUUCCGGACUCUCUUUGGGAUUUGGAAUCAUUAGUUUCGUUAGAGCUGUCCUACACAAAUUUAAGUGCGUUGCCUGACUCCGUUGGACGACUAAGUAAACUCCAGUCGUUGCGGUUGAGUUCAACGAAGAUAGAGGAGCUUCCUGACUCUCUUUGGGAUUUGGAAUCAUUAGUUGAGUUAGAGCUGUCCAACACAAAUUUAAGUGCGUUGCCUGACUCCGUUGGACGACUAAGUAAACUCCAGUCGUUGCGGUUGAGUUCAACGAAGAUAGAGGAGCUUCCUGACUCUCUUUGGGAUUUGGAAUCAUCAGUUGAGUUAGAGCUGUCCAUCACAAAUUUAAGUGCGUUGCCUGACUCCGUUGGACGACUAAGUAAACUCCAGUCGUUGCGGUUGAGUUCAACGAAGAUAGAGGAGCUUCCUGACUCUCUUUGGGAUUUGGAAUCAUUAGUUUUGUUAGAGCUGUCCUACACAAAUUUAAGUGCGUUGCCUGACUCCGUUGGACGACUAAGUAAACUCCAGUCGUUGCGGUUGAGUUCAACGAAGAUAGAGGAGCUUCCUGACUCUCUUGGGGAUUUGAAAUCGUUGGGAACAUUGGAUCUGAGUUCAUCCAAACUGAGGAUUCUACCAGAUUCCGUGGGAGAGAUGUCUAAAUUAAGGCACUUGUUGCUGGAUGAAUGCAACAUAAGAAAGUUGCCUAGUUCUAUCGGGAAGUUAGCAAGGCUAGAAUAUUUGGAGUUGGGAGGUUUGAGCUUGCAAUGCCUCCCGCAGCUCCCAGAUUUCUCCAACUUGAAGAAGCUGCAGAGCAUUGAUUUCGAAGAUUGGUUCGUCAAAGUUGCAGGGACUGGGAUUGACAAGCAUGCGUGUGGAGUUGCUCGGAGGAGAUGGUCAGGUUUUCCUGCCAGAUGGGAAAUUUGACGUCGCUGGAUAUUUCUAACAGGGAAUCCCUUGCCGAGUCACCAUUGCUUGAUUUCUCACGCUUGGAAAAUCUCAAGAAGUUACGUCUAAGCCAUUUGAAGGGGCUCACCGAGAUGAGCGGCCUAGGAGAACUGGGAUACCUGGCGGAAUUAGAUAUCCGGUACUGCGAUUCCCUGGAAAUGAUUGGGAGUCUGUCGGAAUCGAAAAGGCUAAAGAAGAUCUCUAUAAUGGAGUGCUCGAAGCUAAGAGAAAUCAGAGGCCUCAACAAAUUGUUCUUGGCAUCUAUACAGAUUGAGGGCUGCGGAUCUGUGGGAAAUAUUGAUGAACUGAAGAAGAGAUGCGUGUGGGGAAGUUUCGAUGAAUUAGAAGUUGAGAACAACGCCGAUUGAUGAGAAAAGAAAAAAGUGUCUGCCUGCGAUUCCGCACCUCACCUAAAAGGAAAGAUCCAGAGAGAGUGAAGAUUCAGAACUGCAGCAAUGGCGGGGUUGCAGAGAUCUGCGGUGUCUUUCAGGAGACCGGGCUCCUCACUCCUCAGGCCUUGUGUGGGACGACAGGUUCCUCUCGGGGAAGCUCAACCAAGUGAACAACAAAGCCGGCGACAAGGCCAACAAGCCGAAAGAUCCUGACGGCAGGAAAGAACCGACCCGCGAUUCCGAGAAGCUGUCAAGGACUGCCCGCAGUCCUCUUCCCCCGAUUGAGACGGCGGCCCUGGAGAGGAACCACAACUACAACCACACUUGACGAUCUCUUCUCCCAGAACACGGAAAUGCUCGACUGUCGAGCACGACGGUGCAGCUCCGGCAAAUGGGGCCCUUUCUCCGCUGCCAAAGCCGCUUCCUCCUUCCUUCCCUCUGGGAGUGAGAAAUGUAUGGAAAUCUAAGGGAAAAGAAGAAGCCUCUGUGGGAAGACAAGAAGUUCCAUGUGGGAAGCUUUUGGCUGAAGAACAGAGAGCGGUUGUUUCUGGUACAUUCCCUAGGAUCACCGGACUUUUCAAUGGAAGAUUGUUACGCACAUGCUUGCGUCUCUUACCCGCAUGGAAGCGUUCUGCUUCGGUGCAACAAGAUCAGUGAUCGCAUCAAUGAGACAAGGUGCAAGCUUUUCGUGAUGACUUCCACAUACAGCAACUCAAGGUUCUAUGCUAAUGGCAGGAAAAAAACAAAUAUGAUGAACUGAGUAACAAUGCAUGCAUAUGUCAGUCUGAGCCAUGAUACUAUAGAUUAGGAAAAAUAUCGAUCCUGAUGCGGCAACUUGCCCCUUAAGCUGUGCUGGUAUUGACAUUUUAAACAGGUUCUGAAUGUGAAUUGAGGUCUUGCGA